AUGAAAGCCUCUCCCCAUUCCCGGGGGUCCCCAAUGUCCCAUUUGCCCCCCGAGGCCUCCUGCCCCGUGUGCCUGGAGCUGUUCCGUGACCCCGUGUCCAUCCACUGCGGCCACAACUUCUGCCGGGGCUGCAUCGAGCGCUGCUGGGAGUGGGCCACCGACACCUUCCCCUGCCCCCGGUGCCGGGAGACGGCGCCGGAACGGAGCCUCCGCCCCAGCCGGGAGCUCGCCAAGGUCCUCGACAUCGCCCGCAGGCUCGGCCUGGGCGGGGAAGGGGAGGAGGAGGAGGAAGAGGAAGGUUGUAGGAAGCACCGGGAGCCGCUCAGGGUGUUCUGCAAGGAGGAUGGAGCCGCGCUGUGCGGGGUCUGCAGAGAGUCCCGUGCCCACCGUGCCCACACCUUGGUGCCCCUGGGGGACGCUCGGGGGGAGUACGAGGCACAACUCCAGGCCCGGCUGCAAACCCUGAGGGAAGACAGGGACAAACUCCUGGAAUUCCGGGAGGCUGAAAUGAGGAGGAACUGGGAGUGUUUGGAAAAGACGGAAUCCGAGCGGCAGAGGAUCCUCUCCCACUUCCAAGGGCUCCGGGUGUCCCUGGAGGAUCACGCCCGGGGGCUCCUGGCCCGGCUCCGGGACCUGGAAAAGGAGCUGGAAAAGGAGCAGGAGGAAAACCUGACGAGCCUGACCCAGGAGAUUUCCCGGCUGGAAAACCGCAUCCAGGAGCUGGAGGAGAAGAGCCGGGAACCCACCAGGACCUUCCUGAGGGACAUCGGCAGCACCCUGAGCAGGCUCCAAAACGAACAUUUCCAGCUGCCCCCGUCGCCUCUUCCGGGGCUGGAAAAGAAAAUCGGCAAAUUCAGGGAGAAAAACCUGGUCCUGGAGGAGACCCUGAGGAGCUUCCAAGACAUCCUGAUGUUCGAGCUGCCCGAAAAGAGUAAGUUUGGAUCUCUGAGGAAUCAGGGAAUCCUCUCCUG